AUGCACAUUCAGCGUGCCUUUGAUGCACUUAUGUGUCAGGUUUUCCCGGUUACUCUUAAAGGACAAGCUCGAACCUGGUUCUACUCUUUGUCAGGGGGCACUUUCGGGGAAAACCGACGGAUCAUAAAGGAUUCAUCCUAUCUCUCAGGAAUUCAUCAAAGCGAAGGAGAAUCACUGAAUGAUUACUUCCACGGGUUCUCUACUGAAGCCCGACAUAUUUCGGGAGUAGAUCCGGUGUUACUAAGAGGAGUCUUCCUUGGAGGGCUCCGCCCAGGACCCUUCUGCUCAUCAUUGAUGCGGGAGACAGUUCGUUCUUAUGCUGACCUUGUUUACCAUGUUGAUGCACAAAUCUCUGCAUAUGAGACCAUCAUUGCUCACAAGGAACAAUUUGAGCAAUUUGGGGGCAAGUGCAAGAAUAACGUUGGGGAUACCAAUCAAAUCUCACAGCGAAAAUAA